ACUGUCAGCUAAUAAUCAUUUGAGUAGCUUUUCUGAAGGAUUGAUAUUUUCAGAUUUUCAAAGAAUGUCUUUGAAAGUGUUGUUAACGACAGUCUACUUGGUUUUCGUCUUUCUCUGUAACAAUCAAGUAGCAUCGACUGGUAUUCACAGCCUUCGUUAUUAUGGCUAUAAUACACCAAUGGAGGUUGAACGCAGAUAUGAUGCAGAUUUAUUUUUGAAGGGAACAGAAACCUCACCGAAUAAUAUCACUGGGGUGACGACAAACGAAGCAGUUAACAAAUCAUCAAAGAAUAUACGGUUACCACAAACUGUAUUUCCACGCUUCUAUGAUCUACAGCUUCAAGUUCACAUUCAUGGAAAUGCAGAUACUAAAGACUCCUAUUUUAAUGGAUCUGUCACCAUAGAGAUUCAGUGUUUAGCAGCAACUGCAGAACUCUUUAUUCAUGCUUAUCCCAAUCUUAAUGUCAGUAGGGAUCAAAUCAAAAUAUUUUCAGACGAUAAGGAAGAUUCAAAGAAGACGGAAAUUCCAAUACAGACGAUAUCCUACGAUAAAGACGCUGAAUGGUACCACAUACAGUUGAAAGAUGCACUACAGCCCAAUGCAAGUUAUAAACUGAUAUUUGGUCAAUUUAAUUCUUCACUAAACUACGAACCGGUAGGAUUUUAUCUGAGUCGAUAUGCAGAAAAUGGAACUUAUAAGUACUUAGCAAGCACACAAUUUGAGUCAACUUAUGCAAGACGUGUAUUUCCUUGUUGGGAUGAACCUGGAUUUAAGGCCGUGUUUCAGGUCACCAUCAUACGCCACAAGGAUUUCUAUACACUUUCAAAUAUGCCUGUUAACAACACGGUGGCGCUUCACGCUGACUGGCGUCAAGAUCAGUUUCAACCCAGUGUAAAGAUGUCUUCAUAUCUGUUGGCAUUUGUAAUUUGCCAAUUUCAUGGACUUCGUGUUGUGGAUUCCAAGGGAAGAAAUUUUACUGUUUGGGCAAGACCAGAGAAAAUUGAAUCAGCCAGGUAUGCUUUGGAUAUCGGUAGAAGAAUUCUUACAUUCUUUGAAGAUUACUUUGGAGUGCCUUAUCCACUUCCGAAAAUGGAUUUGAUUGCAAUUCCUAAUUUUACAUCUGGCGCAAUGGAAAACUGGGGUCUAAUAACAUUUGGAGAAAGUGCACUGUUGUGGGAUCCGUAUACUGGUUCAGCUGCAUUGAAGGAAUGGGUGACAACUGUUAUUAUUCAUGAAUUGUCUCAUCAAUGGUUUGGUAACUUAGUGACGAUGAAGUGGUGGAACAACCUCUGGUUAAAUGAAGGUUUUGCAAGUUUUUUUGAAUACACUGGCACAGACUUUGUUCAACCACACUGGAAAUACGAUGAACAGUUCAUUUUUAACGAUUUGCAAAGAGCAAUGAUCUCAGAUGCCUCGAUAGAAUCUCAUCCUGUUAUUAAUUCAGCUAACUCUCCAGACGAGAUCGAGGACAUUUUUGAUACAAUAACAUACAGUAAGGGUGCUUCGUUAAUCCGGAUGAUGAAGUCAUUUCUUGGAGAUGAUGUCUUCUUAAAUGGCUUGAAGAUCUACUUACAAGAAAACAAAUAUAAAAAUACGGACGCGGAAGAUCUAUGGAAGGCGCUGGAUCGUGCGGUCAAAAGUGUCAAUAAAGACAUCGACAUCAAAUCGAUCAUGGAUACUUGGACAAAGCAAAUGAAUUAUCCAAUUUUGAUUGUUAACCGAAGUGAUUCCAACACCUUCGAUUUCAAACAGAUUCAUUUCUAUGAGUCGUCUAAUGAUACUCUUUCGCCAUCCCCAUACAAUUUCACUUGGAAAAUCCCCAUUACUUACACGACAAAGGAUGGGUCAGCGAAUGAAAUCAUAUGGAUGAACAACGCUACUCUGAAGAUGGAGCUCAACGUUAUGCCAAAUGACUGGUACAUAAUCAAUAUUGGACAGACUGGAUAUUAUAGAGUUCAUUACGUUGACAAUAAUUGGGAAUUACUGAUAGAUGAAUUACUCAAAAACUAUAGGAGUAUUCCAGAUUCUGCACGUCCACAGAUCAUCGGUGAUUUAUUCCAUCUCGCAAAUCAUGGUAACGUAUCAUUCACUACUUUCCUGAACUUGACGAAAUAUUUGAGCCAAGAAACGCAAUAUGUGCCUUGGACAACUGCCGGAAGAGCUCUUCUCUAUCUUGACCGUAUGCUUCUUUUGGAUGAGAAUUACGGAGAUUAUCAAGCAUAUGUACGUCUCCUUGUAAAUGCAGCUGUGAGAGACGUUGAUUGGAUAACUAUGAGAGAAGAUCGCAAUGAAGAGAAACAUUUGUUACGCGGAACCUUGGGGGAAAUUGCUUGUCAUGUUGAACAUGAAUUAUGUUUACUCACUGCUAGAGUGUUAUUCACACUAUGGAUGUCGGAACCUGUGACGAAUCCCAUACCGCCUGGUUUGAGAUCAGUCGUCUACUGUACAGCUAUCCGAUUUGGUGGGCAAGCAGAAUGGAAAUUUCUCAGAAGUCAGUACAAUGUUAAUGAGACGGAAGAUGUUGAAAAAGAAAAUAUCUUGACGGGAUUAUCUUGUUCUCGUGAUAUAUGGACGAUGAAACUAUACUUUGAUUGGAUUAAACAAGACAAACAAUACUGGUCAGCGAUUCCUGAAUUCGCAGUAUCUCCAAUCGGUAACAGAAUGUUGUGGGACUAUGUGCAUGAAGCGGUCAAAUCUUUGAAAACUGGCAUGGAAAAUUCAACACGUUCCCCAACUGAUAUUGAUGAAUUCACCAAAGAAGUGAUCCAGAGACUUUCUAAUCCAUAUUACAGCUUGAAUAACAGAAAUGAUGGGGAAAAGAUACUGAGAACAGAGGCUGAUUGGCUACAGUUACCACAGAAUCAUACACUCAAAGGGGAACUGAAGAACUUGCUAACUACCUCGAAGCGAAAUUUGAAAUGGCUUGACACCCACCUCCAGACAAUUGUACAAUGGUUGAAAGAAAACGUUCCUCGUACAGCACAAGAGGUCUAGAAAUGUUACUCAGUGUGGAGAAAAUCGUCCCUGAUUCCUAUCUGAACCAUAUAACGUGAAUCGAAAUUCUGCUGUUCCCAAGAUCUCUUUUAACUAAUAUUUUAUUUGAGUUUCAGGAGUUUUUAUUUUUACAUAUUUCACUAGUGAUAUUUCCCCGUGAACGCUGUAACAAUUCAAAAGUUUCAAUUAAUGUGUUUCUCCUGAUUGAAUAUUCGUGGUGCAAUUCCUUUCUCUUUGUGUUAAGUAAUAGAUACUCCUUUU